AUGGUUGAGAGCGUAGUAUGUGAUAAAGCUGCCCAGAGCACUGGUGAUAAUUGCUCAAGUACAUAUAAUUCUUCUUCUUCUUCUUCUUCUUCUUCUUCUUCUUCUUCUUCUUCUUCUUCUUCUUCUUCUUCUAUUACUUUCUUUUCCUUUUCUCUGUCUGUCUGUCUGUCUGUCUGUCUCUCUCUCUCUCUCUCUCUCUCUCUCUCUGUCGAUCGCUCUUGCUUGUUUUCCUUUCUUUUUCAUUCCUCUUUACAUCCAUAUCACCUAACCCUCAAACACCCUACCGAUUCCACUAUUUAUCACACUCUAUUAUCCCCCCUGCACUCACUAACCCACCCACCCAUCCAUUUUUUUACCCUCAUCUCAUUAUCCCUUUUUAAUGCCGGACGUCUUUCUGAUUCCUUUCCUUCCGCUUCAGUUUUCUUUUUCUUUUUUCUUUUUCUCUUUCUUAUUCUGACUUUCUUUUCUUCUCCUCUUCCUUCUUUCUCAUUUUAUCUUCCUCCUGUUUAUUUUUCUCUUCUUCUUCCUUUUUCUACCCUUGUUAUUUACUUCUAUUUUCAUAUUUCAAAUUUUGUUCCCCCCAACUUCCUUAUUCAAUAUCAUCUACUUGUUUCCUUUUCCUCUCAUCUUAAUUGUCUUUCCAUCUACUUCCUCCCUUUUCUUUUAUUCUCAUUCCAUUCUCGUUUCAUUCUCGUUUCAUUCUCGUUUCAUUCUUCUUCUUUAUCAAUGACCAUCUCUCAUUCUUUUCUUUCAUUAUUUUAUGCUUUAUUUUCCUUCGCUUUUACCCAGUGUCUAUUCUGCGUCUUGUUUAUCCAGCAUCUUUGCUUCAUAUUUAUUUCCUUCAUUUUUCCUUACCUUUUCUUUAUUCAUUAUUCAUUCCCCCUUCAUCGCUUUCUUCAUUCCUUUUACACUGUCACUUCCAUCGAUUCUUUCACUUCCUCCGCCAUGUUUUUUUCUUUAUAA